UGUACGAUUAUUUUCCUUCUCCAGUAAAAUACGCGAAUUUACAAAAUUACAGGAAAAUUACAGGAAAAGGAAAGAGAGUUAUACUGCAUAUCUAUCUUACUAUUUUAAACUACUAUUCUAAACGCAAAAAGUAUAGCAAGGUAUAAAUUUCUUCACUGCAUCUUCUCCAGCGAUUGGCAGAUCAGCAGUCGGUCUUGGAACUUGGUUGGUUCAUCAGAGGAGAGGCGAGAGGAAGAAUCGUGACACAUGACGCCCCUAGGUGGCAGAGACCCGAAGAUAGGAAAGAAUGGCUAGGAGAGCGAGAAGGGGAGCCCGCGAUUGGCGCGCAUGCGUGGUAAUUCUCGCUGUCGGACUGGCAUCACUGGUCGGAUUGGUAUCCCACUGUCCCGGACGCUCCAUGUCCGUUAGCCAUGUUUUACGGUCAAAUACGUUCAGGGUGCUUGUCGUACGAAAAUGAGUCUCGCGGGCGUGAGAGCCGAUCUGUCGUGUAAUCGGUCGCGGCGACGGUAAAGCGGCCCUCCCUCCCUCCCUCCCUCCUUACCACCCCCCUAACCCUCCGCCCCGUGCGAGGGCGACGGCGACGGCGGACGCGGAGUGGCAUCAGUGGCAUCGGUGGGCAUGUGCUCGCACCUUCGACGAGGUAUCGCGCGCGUGUGUAACGGCGGUGGUCGUCCUCGGUGGAGGCGGUGGUGAUCGGUGGCGAUCUCGGCCCUCGGGGCCCUUACUCUCAGCGGCCGCGCGUCGGAGUCUGUGCGUGUGACAGACCUGCUGUUCCCGACCCAAUGGAGCCGCGUCCUCUCGCCGUCCUGCUGAUUUUGUUGUUGACAGCGCUCGCUGGACGAGUCAACGCGGGAGGCUUAGACUUCACUAUCGAACCGCAGGAUGUGGUGGUGGAACAGGGUGGUUCUGCGAGACUGGACUGCGAGGCGAAGAGCGCCUUUGGAAUGCCAAAUAUACAUUGGCGUACGGACGACGGUCAGCCGAUCACGUUUAUCGGGGAUAGUUAUCGAUCACAGCUAGCAAACGGGUCCUUGUAUAUAAAUAGUGUGUACUCUGGUAGCGCAGAAUUAACCGGAAGUUAUCAGUGCUUAGCUUCCAUAGACAAUGUCGGAGCGAUUGUCUCUCGGACAGCUACAAUUAAACUAGCAAGUCUCCCUGGGUUUGAAAGAGAACCUCAAGAUACCAUGGUUUAUGCAGGACAAAUUGCAUAUUUGAGUUGUGCGCUACCAGCUUCCUCGAGUUUGUUAAAAAUACAGUGGUUAAAGGACGAACAUCCUUUAAUACUCGAUGAAAGUCGAAUGACAAUUCUACCAUCAGGCGCAUUGGAAAUCGACGACGUUCAAUAUCGUGAUGUAGGAUCGUACAGAUGUAACGCUAGCGGUUACGGCCAAUAUAGACUGAGCAACAAAGCACAAUUAGGAUUAUUAUCUAGUGACAUCGAUGAGGGAUCUAGCGCUCCAGUAUUCAUCGCACAACCUUUACAACAAGUAGUCAUCGAAGGUUCCGACGUGACUCUGGAAUGCGCUGCCAACGGUUAUCCGAAACCGACGAUUCUUUGGCUUAAAGACGGUGUUGCUCUCGAUUUGACGUCACUCGAUUCUAGAUAUCGCGAGGUCGCAGCUUCUAGUCUCAAGAUUAUGAAUGUCAAAGAAUCGGAUCACGGUUCAUAUCAGUGUCGCGCGGAAAAUAUGGUCGACUCUCUAGACGCGGUUGCUGAAUUAAUCGUACAAGUUCCACCAAAGUUUAUAAAAAAGCCAGAGGAUAAAGUGGCAAGUGAGAGUCAAGAUUUAGAAUUUGAAUGCGAGAUCUAUGGAAAACCCGAACCAAAAAUUACCUGGCUAAAAAAUGGCGAGCGUAUCACAUUAAGCGCAUAUUGGCAAAUUGUCAAUGGAUACAACCUGAGAAUCAAUGGACUGUUACCUAUAGAUGCAGGAAUUUUCCAAUGUACGGGAUCAAAUCCUGCUGGUAGCGUUCAAGCCUCAGCACGUCUUACAAUUAACCAACCUAAGAGAAUGAAUUCCCAUAGAACGACAACUCCCAAGACAGCUCCUAAGAAAAAACUGUUAUUGCAUCGACAGUUGUAUAAUAAGACGUGGCAACAUCCGAGUACUCUUCUAGGACACACGUUCUCUAUGCCAAAUCCUCCACUUUCAAUAAGUCCCUCCGACGAUCCCGCGGAUCUCUUGCCGAGCUCGUUUAAAUAUCCUAAUUCCCUUUACGAUCCAGAUUCCCAUUUUGUAGAUGAUACGGAUACUCUGGAAGCAUUUGAUGGAGGUGGCGUACCCUCUCCACCGAGAAACCUGAGUCUCGUCAUCGGUACUGCGAGAUUUGUAACACUACGCUGGCAAGAGCCAGAAAACGCAAACAGCGAGACUCUCAAUUAUUUCAUACAUUAUAAACAGGAGGGAGCCAUGAGGGAGAGAGUUGUCAACACGCAACAAAAACUGGAGGCUAUGAUACGUGGUUUACAACCUAAUAUGAAAUAUCAAUUCCAUGUAGUCGCGCAAAAUUCUCGAGGAACUAGUGCUUCUAGUAACGUGUUGCAAGUUACGACGUUAAUAGAGGCCAAUGUUCCUGGACCUCCGAUAAAUCUGGAAGGUCAUGCGACAAGUAGCAUGAGUAUUACCUUAUCGUGGGAGGAACCACAAGUUAUUAAUGGUCGAAUAUCUAAAUAUAUUAUUACAUUUAUGAAGGACGACAGUGAAGAUGAAAUACGUGAAACUACUAGUACAACGUAUGAAUUGGUAGAUCUCGUGCCUUAUACGGAAUACAGUAUUAGAGUUCAAGCGGUCAACGAGAAUGGCGCGGGCGCGUUUAGUAAAGAUAUUGUGAUUCGAACUCACAGCGCACAACCGACCCAACCACCGCACAAUGUUACCUUAGAAGCAGCUAGUUCAACGAGUAUUAUCAUAAGAUGGGAACCUCCACUCGAGGGACAGAAUGGGAUUAUCACGGGUUAUAGAAUACGCUAUCGUAGAUAUCCGCACGAUUCCCGAUCUGGAGAUCGACGAUCCCCAAUCACGGUGACAACUGAAGGAAAUCAACGUUUAUACGUGCUCAAUGGCCUCGAAAAGCACGUUGUGUACCAAGUCCGCAUAUGUGCCUUCAAUGUCAAUGGAACUGGGCCUUGGACGGAAUGGACGAAGAUAGAAACAUAUGAGAACGAUUUGGACGAAACGAAAGUACCUAAUGCACCCAGUAAUCUGAGAGCGAAUGCUAUGGCGGAUUCUAUACUAGUAUCAUGGCAUCCCCCGAAAGAUCAGAGCAUCAAGGUGAGGAAAUAUAAAUUAGGUUGGGGCAAAGGUUAUCCCGAUGUCGAAAUUCAAGUUCUUGAUGGGAAACAACGAUCUUAUGCCAUCAAGCCUAUAGAACCAACUACGGAGUACGUAAUAUCUUUAAGAGCAACGAAUAACGUUGGUGAUGGUCAACCAGCAUACGCGAAUGUAAGAACUCCCGAACGUUUUGUAACUGAAUCUGCAGUGCCUUUAAUACCACCUGUUGGCCUUAAAGCUAUUGUGCUCUCGGCUACUACUGUUGUAUUAUAUUGGACAGACACAACCUUAUCGAAAAGUCAAUAUAUCACCGAUAGUCGAUACUACGUGGUGCGUUAUACGUCCUAUCAUCACAGCAGCAGUCCAAGAUACAAAUAUUACAAUGCUACUGAUCUUAACUGUAUGAUUCAUGACUUAAAACCCAACACACAAUACGAAUUUACAGUUAAAUUGGUCAAGGGUAAACGAAGCUCGCCAUGGAGUAUGGUCGUUUUAAAUCAAACACAAGAGGCUGCACCUAGCACGGCACCUCGGGAUCUGGUUAUUCAAACCGUCGAAGAUCGUCCAACUUCUGUUUUAUUGCAUUGGCAACCGCCUAAACAACCCAAUGGACAAAUUACAGGAUAUCUUAUAAUUUAUUCUACCGACAAUACAAAAUGGGAUCGCGACUGGUUAGUCGAAGGUGUUAUCGGCGAUAAAGUGGACGCUAUCGUAAAAGGUCUACAUCCUAACACGAUGUAUUAUUUUAAGAUCCAAGCCCGCAAUUCUAAAGGAUACGGACCAUUCUCCACGACAGUUUCAUUUAAAACUCCACCAAGCAAUGGCAUGGAUGAAUUGCAUGAUCAAGAUGGACGAAGUUUUUCUAAUCUAUUGAUUUACAUCAUAGUGGGGCUGUCAAUUCUCUUUAUUACUGGUAUAUCUGUAGUCGUUGUAAUAUGCUGUAAACGUAAUCCAAGUUCAUCAGAUCGAAAGAAAGGAUAUAUGAAAGAUUCGAAUCAGAAGACGAAUAUUAAGCCACCGGAUUUAUGGAUUCAUCACGAUCAAAUGGAGCUAAAAGCUCUCGAGAAAUCGUCAUUGAAUGGCGAAGCCUCUACUAGUGGCGUUACUAGUAAUACAUUACCGAGAUCAGGCAAUACAGAAUAUAAUCAAGAUAAUAUACACGGGAAUUCCAGUUCGCUGGAUAAACGUACUUAUGUGCCAAGUUAUAUGGGUAACACUGACGAGAAGUGCUCAACCCUGAGCAGGCAGCACAGUCGUGGAAGUCACAAACCUAAACUAAUUACACUUCCUCCCGUUGAAAGUACACCUUUGCAUCAGCCUAUAGCCACAGCUACGCCGAUUGUCAACACUAGCAUGUCGCAGCCGACCAUCCACACUUCGUGUAGUGAUACGUCAUCAGUAAGACAGAACUAUCCGCGAACUGUCGCGCAAUAUAGUUUAAAUCGAGCGCAUGUCACGUUAGAGCCAACCCCGGAAUCCAGCCCGGAUUCCUGUAAUAUGCCUAGCUCGUACGAGCCAUUGCAAAGUCAGUUAUCAUAUGGCACGAGUGGACAGUCGUACAGUGGAAACACUCAAUAUGCCCCUGGUUACGGCAACAAUACUCAACCAAUGAACAAUACCGUUGGGAUAGAAAACAACAGUAGUAAACGAUUGCAAGGACAUCCCCUUAAAAGCUUCAGUGUGCCAGCUCCUCCACCACAGAGUGCUCCAUCGACACCGGCACAACAGAAGCAUGGUGUGUCACAAGUGACAGUAAGACCAACAAUGUCUGGAAGUCCGUACAAGAAAGCACAAGGCUCGUCCUCGCAAUUAACUAAGAAUCGCUUAGCCUCAGUGUCAAAUCCGACACAUACUUCGGAAGAAGUUGAACGAUUAAAGCCUUCGUAUAGCACCGAGGAAUUGAAUCAAGAAAUGGCCAAUUUAGAGGGUCUUAUGAAAGAUCUGAAUGCCAUAACAGCAUCGGAAUUUGAAUGCUAAAGUAGGUUCCUAAGGCUUGUGCCAUCCUAAUUGAUGGAUAGACUGCAACACCAUAUUCUCAAUGUUAGUACCUGAGAGAUGAGUUAAUUGUCAUUUAUCAAGAUAUUCUCUAAUAAAUUUAUGUUGAUUAUUAUCAAGAUUAAUAACGAAAACGAAUAUAUGAUUAAUUAGCGUUGAUGAACGACGCAAUUAAUGCAUGGUCCAAAUGUUGGAUUUAACAAUGUAAUUGAAACAUAGGAUCGACGGUUCGCACAAAAUCGUUUAAUUUAUCGACGUUUUCUCUCUCCGGUACUAGCGUUAUUCAUCUUGAGUGUAAAACUCAAUAUUUGUACUUGCCAAUAUACAGGGUGUGUAAAAAUCUGAAAACAAAAUAACUUUUAAAGGAUUUAAAGGAUUGAAAUUUAUAGAGAUCAUAAAAUCUAUUAUUUAACCUCGGAAACCCUACCUUAACAUCUCCCAAACAAUCCAGACGGGGGGAGGAGGAGGGAAGGAUCGGAAAACGUUAAAUAGCAUGUGAAGUCGAGUGAACAUUCAUUUGAAAGGAUUUUAAUUCUGCGAAAAAAAUCGUAGAGAUCUCGAACACAUUGCAUUCUCGUUUUGGAAAGCUCUUCAAACGAACUCUUCUCGACCUAUACGCUAUUUAAAAUUUUCCAGUCCCCAUCUCCCCACGCUUUCCGGAGGUGUUACGGUGUGUGCGUGUGCGUGUGUGCUUGCUUGCAUUUAUACCUGGGGAGAAAGAAGUGCCUUCAACUCGACCACCGAGUUAUAUAGCACAGAUCCUCUUUCUUCUUUUUAAUUUCUCUCUGUUAACUUUUUUGCUUGUUUCCCUCUAUAUUUAAUCCCUUUGUGUAAUUAAACACUGUAUUCUCUUUUAAUCCAUAUAUAAGUUUUCAUAAGAAACUCUCAAAAAUUGUGAAACAAUAUAUGGGCCGAAAGCCAGGUUUGAAUUUGCUAUCCUUCGAUCAUGAGUCGAUCGCGUUAAGCACUGAGCCACGCGUCGCUCCCCUCCUCCCCCAGGUGUUAAGGUGGUUUCCGAGGUUGAAUAAUAGGUUUUAUGAUCCCAUUGUAUUUCUAUCUUAUACUUCGAAUUCUUCAAAAAUUAUUUUAGCAUUUCCAGACUUUUGGCACACUCUGUAUAAUCCGAUCACGUCACGGUCUUGCGGCGUAUUUUUGAUAACGCGAGCAGGCAAGUAUUGUGUCGCGAUCGACCACGAGAAAGCUCGAUGAAUGCUUUUUAUAUUAUAGACGUAUGCAAUGUAAAUGUGCUGAACGCGUAUACCAAUUGUGACAUAAAUUAUACAACGACAUGGUCGAUUUCGGCGUGUUUUCUACAAUGUGUGAAAGUCAAUGUACAAUAAUGUAGUUGAAUAGUGCGAGCAAGAAACGUUGCGAUGUUUUUUUUUUACGUCAUUUUUUUUGUCGUUUACAUGAAAGUCUAAGGUGAAUUGACACCUUUUGAGAAUGCUUUUACACGCGUUGAUCCGAGCGUUCUUGCCUAAAGGGAGAAGAAGAGAAUCAUCUUGUAGUCCCGGCGAAAAGCUCAUGCGUCGCUCGUCACUGUUCGUAUAAUUAUAUUCUUCGUCGAUUCGCUAAUGAUGCCAUAUUUACGCUUAAAAAGAUGAAGCACGCGUGAGCCGAUAGCCGUCAAGUAAUUUACGGUAUUUUAGACACUAAAUGGAAGAUAGAAAUAUACUUCUUCUAUUUUUGUAUCUAUCAAAAUGAGUUUGUGAUAAGCUGUACUGCAUGUUCUUACAUUCAAAAGUUUUUGGCAAAACUUAUAUUUUUGUUUCCACGAUAUCAGUUUGUUUAAAAACGGCGGUACAUUAUAUUUAUCAUGGAUGAAUUUUUCGCGACGUAAGCGUUUUAUAUUUUAAGAACUAUAAGAUUUCUACGACUUGUUUCAGACGGCCUUUUCGUAAAAUGCUUAAUGUUAAGUAGCUCUGUGCGUGUGUACUCAAUCUCCUCGGCAGCUCGGCAGCAUUUAUAGAAAGUUUCAUGUGCGUAUCUUUUGUUGGAGCAACCAUCUAGUAUAUAUUACGAUCUCAUCGGAAAAUUAUUAUUUAGAGUUAAAGAAUUAUCGAUUAUGGAUAUAUUACAUGAUAAAUUGUUUAGCAUAAUAAAGUCCGGUAAUGAUCGGUUCUUCUUGUAGAUUGGUCGCGAAAGACAUAUGAGAUUCCUAUGCUGAAAUUUUCGUGAUUUCGCGGGAUUUAGCAACACGAUACAAUCCAAAUAUACUUAAAAAAUGGAUAUAGUUUUUCGUGAAUGGUAAAAGAUUGCGUUAUUUGACGAAUACGAUUUGUUUGAAUAAAAAUCAGUUUCAUUCUUUUUCUCAUGUCGCUCUUGCGAAUUAAAAUAUUAUAGAUAAAAAAAAUAAUAUACUAAUAUUUUUAAUGGGAUAUACAUACUUGGUAUGAAUGAGUAUUUUACUCGGAUACACUCGGAUACACAGUUUUUAGAAAAAGUUUUAUAAACUCAUAACGCAAUGCUCAAUAUUUACCGGGAAUUGUCGAGAUAUACAUAUGUCCAUAUUUCUAUCCAAGACACAUUUUAUAUAAUGACUAUUUACUGCCAAUUCAUUAAUGCAUAUCUGUCAAAGUACAUACGUACGUACAUAUAUACGUUUCCUUCCAAUUACUAAAGACUCUAUCCAAUAAAACAUUAAUGACAUAAACGCGGGAGCGUGUUCGAAUUAUAUUAUUUAUUAUGUCCGAAUUAUAUAAUUCGGAUCAAUAAAUACAACGAUCAUCAUUACACGUUGCUGCGAGGUAUAAUAAUGCUUAUAAAGUUUCGAAUUAUACUCGACCAUUUUUGAAACAUUUUUAUAUUUUCAUAGCAUUUGAGAUAUUGUACAAAGAUUUUGUAUAUUAUAAAAAUAUUGUUACACAACGCGAAUUAGAAAGAAUUUGAAUAAUAUAUAAAUCAAGCUCGUUUCUUUUUACUUCAAGCCAAAACUGAACGUUGAAAACAAACGUGUUAAAUUGUAAGCUAUAAAAGCGUUAUUCAAAUUGUCAAAGAAUAAUUGAGAAUGACUGCGAUUAAUUAGGGAGGGGCUUCGUUUGCCUACAAUCUCGAUUGUUUACAGCUUUGUCUGCACACAACACAUUACACACAGCGCAUUGCACAUAUAAUCAUAUUGCAAACAUAAAAUAAGAAAACUAUUAACGCUUUGCUAUCUGUCAUCAUGUUGAUAACAUUAAAAAAAUAAUUAUUGGAAA